CCUGUCUCCUUCAACCAUGCGUGGGUCCAUCUUCUCCAGCAGCCGCAGCCGAGGCGAGGCGGUCAAGGCCUCCAACACCGAGGGCUCGCACGACCAGCAGUGCGGCUCCGGGGCCUUCAACUCGGUCGACGCCAGCGACCAGACCUUCGUCAUCCUCCACUGCCGGCGCUACGGCACCAUCAACCGCGCCCUGGUCGAGGGUGCCAUCCGCGCUCUCACCAGCUGCAUGGUCCCCCCGGAGCGCAUCCACAUCAUCGAAGUUCCCACCCCCUCGGACCUGCCCUUCGCCGCCAGCAAGUCCAUCAAGGUGCUCAACCCCUCGGCCGUCCUGGCCAUCGGCUGCAUCAUGGCCGACAACCCGCAGUAUGUCGGCCCGGACAACGAGUUCAACGCUGCCUGCAAGGGCGCCAUCCUUGGUGCCAUCACCAAGUCCCUGCUCGAUAUUCAGAUCAACACCGAUGUCCCCAUCGUCGACGGGAUUCUCUCCGUGCCGCGCCUUUGCCAGGCUCAGGCGCGCUGCGGCCUUACCGAGCACAUCAACUAUGGCUACGACUGGGGGCUGUCCGCUGCGCAUGUGGCCAACCUCACCUCGACCAUUUCCAUGAAGGCGGCCGCUUCCAAGCGCAUCGACUCGCCCGAGUCCUCCAGCACUGUGAGCUUCAAGUCUGGCUGAUGUGCCUGGCCGGCGCCGCUCCCCCUCCCUCGGUCUUCCUUCCUCUCUCCCCUCUUCUUUUCCUUGUUCUGGAGCUCUGAGGGCUCGCUGCCGGUCUAUCAUCGAAGACCAAUACAGUUAACACCAGCACGGCACC